GGAGGACAUGCAACGUCGGACUUCCGGGUUUUUUUUUUUGACCACGUGAAAUGUGUUUGUAACUGGAGGUAGUAAUGUGAUGGUAUAUUAACAAACAUAACAUCCUCCUUUUUAAUAACUACAUGCUAGGAUGAACUCGCAGAAUGAAGAAGUAAUAGAAAACGAUUUGGAUAAUAGUUUUCUCGACCAGGUGUUGAAUAAGUUGUAUGAUUUUGGUGACGGACCAAGAGAACGAAGGAAAAAAAAGUUGAAGAAGAAGAAGAAGAAGAAGCAAAAUGAGGUUUAUACAUCCGUAGACGACAUAGACAUAGACGCUGCCCAUUCGGACUGCAUUGAUGAAAAUGACUGCGGACCGCGUAGUCCAGCCGAACCCAUGGUGCCGGAUGCACCAGACACCUGCAAAGCCGGUGGUGCAGCCCCAUCUGCACAAAUAGAGGUCGUGACUUUCCAGGAUCCUCUGAAGAAAAAUAAUAAAACAAAUGCCACAAUGCCAGAAAAAGAGCCUCAACAAGUAAAGAAGGAUGACAAAGGGGACCUUGAUAGAUUCAAUCUAGAGAAGGCGCGGUUUGAAGUUCAUAGGUUUGGAAUUACUGGCUUCCAGAAGGAACAGCGAAGGCAGUUUGAGCAGGAAAGAGCCAUCAUGCUUGGAGCAAAGCCACCCAAGAAAGAACACACCAAUUACAAAGUCUACCAGCAAAUGAUCAAGGAGAAGAAGUUAAAGGAAAAGGAAGAAAUUAAGUCGGACACCAAAAAGAAGAAAAAGCAGAAUAAUAAAGAAAAGGAGAAAAAAAGAAAGUCGACAUCAAGCGCUCUGCUGACUGGACAGGCUGGCCGGUUCAAGAAUGGUAUGUUAGUCCUGAGCUCUAAAGAAAUACAGAAAAUCAAGAAGUCCAGAAUGGUGAAGUGAAAACCGGUCUAAAGCAUCAUUUUAUACAUGUUUUUGAAUGUUUGACUUGUUUUGGUGUUCGAUAUUUUUUCCAUUGUAUUUGUAAAGUUUUACUAUUAAAUGUAAACUCCCCUGAA